UUCCCUCCUCUUUUAAAAACCUUAAACAACUUUAUACAUUGGGGCUCCAAAAUAACCAGCUCACCGGUCGUUUAGGUCCAUUCCAAGACAAUCCAUUGAGAUAUAUUGAUUUGAGCAAUAACAUGUUGCAUGGCUCCAUUCCAAGCUCCAUUUUAAAACUUGCGGACUUGAAUGUUCUCAUUCUUUCAUCCAAUAAAUUGAUAGGAGAAGUUUCUUCAGCAGUUUGCAAACUAAACUCUCUCCAAAUUCUUGACUUGUCAAACAACAGUUUGAACGGCUUCAUCCCACAAUGUUUGGGAAAUUUCAGCAAUGAUCUCUCGGUGCUGCAUUUGGGCAUGAACAAUUUCCAAGGAACCAUCCCUGAGACGUUUUCAGCAAGAGGCAGCUUGAGAUAUUUGAACUUCAAUGGCAAUCAAUUGCAAAGGAGAAUCCCUCUGUCCAUUUCCAAUUGUAGAAAUUUGGAGAUUUUAGAUCUUGGAAACAAUAAUAUAGAUGACUCAUUCCCCCAUUUCUUGGAAACUCUUCCGGAGCUGCAAAUUCUAAUUCUGAAAUCCAAUAAACUCCAUGGAUUUGUGAAAGGGUCCUCUACCAAUUAUUCCUUCUCAAAGCUGCGAAUGUUUGACCUCUCCGAUAACAUGUUGAGCGGGCCAUUACCUUCAGGGUAUUUCAAUAAUUUCAAAGCAAUGAUGAACUUUGAUGUGAAGAUGGAGUACAUGGGGCAACCAAAUUAUUCUUACGAUUAUUCUGUGAGUCUGACACUCAAAGGAGUUGUGAUUGAGUUGGUGAGAAUCCAAACACUUCUUACAACCAUUGAUUUGUCAGGCAACAAAUUCACAGGGGAGAUCCCACAGUCUAUUGGAAAGCUUAAAGCACUUAAGUUGCUCAACUUGUCUCACAAUCAACUCACGGGCAAUAUUCAACCAUCAUUGAGGGAAUUGUCCAAUUUGGAAUCACUAGACCUCUCUUCAAAUUUUCUUGUUGGAAGGAUUCCUAUGCAGUUGACAGAUUUAACAUUUCUGCAAGUAUUUCGGGUUUCAGAUAAUCGACUUGAAGGACCCAUACCUGAAGGAAAGCAGUUCAACACAUUUGAUAAAAGUUCAUAUGAAGGAAAUUUGGGAUUGUGUGGAUUUCCACUAGAAAAAUGCAAUAAUGGGGAGAGGCAAAAACCAGAAAUAUCCAAGGAAGAUGAUUCCAAUUCUAAAUUUGGAUUUGGGUGGCAACCUGUAGCGGCAGGGUAUGGAUGUGGAGUAAUAUUUGGUAUUGCAAUGGGAUAUCGUGUGUUUAAAACAAGAAAACCAAUAUGGUUUGUGAGGAUAGUUCACAAAGACGUCCAAAGCCAAAAAGAUUCAAAAACUAGGAUUUCUUGGUAUUUACAGGUAGAUGAAGAAUAAGUGAGCAGAUGCAAAAUGAAGAUACAGAUCGGACAUGAAUGCAGUGGAAAACAUAGUAUUAUGUUUCUUUUUCUUUUUUUUUCCUUUUA